AUGAUGCCGUCGUUACUUGGCCUUCCCCUCGAGGUCCUUAUGCAAAUCGUACAACAAACGAUCCCCGCGGAGUUUGAAGCCACUGCCCUCUCUUGCAAAGCUCUGUUUGCUGCCAGCACCCCUUUCCGAGCGCAAGAUGAAGAGCAAGAUGAAGAAGUGCUGAACUCCCUAGAAGCUGAGGUUCCUGCGGCUCUAAGGAACUUAGUGCUUACCUCACCCUUUAUCGAACACUUUGGGGGAGACCCCGACGAUUGGAUUCAAGGGAUCCAACAGUCCGGCAUCUAUGCAGACGUUUUUCUCUUAACCUUGCUAUCGCAAGUGCGAAGGGUGACCUUAUACCCACGCUGGGAUGAACUAGAUCCUUGUCAAACGCACUACGUUUUGAGUAACAAACACCUAUGGCCGGUACUCAAGCAGAUUACGUACCAGGCUAAACACUCUGAGGAGUUUCCUGGGGCGCCGUUGUCUAUGCUCUCUACCAUAGAGUCAUCCCGUGACUUUAGUUCUGAUGAGAAGUCCCCAUUGACACCAUUUGUACCAUUCCUCGCGAUUAAUUCUAUAUCCGAAGUCUCCCUGGUCAGCUGCGUCUUCUAUGAUGAUGGGUACACAGGAAUGGCAUUUGACCCGUUGGUGGAAUGCUAUAGCACAAACUUGCGGACGUUAAAUGUGGAUGCGUCUGUUGCUGGCCCAAAGGAGCUAUCACAGCUCCUAUCACGAAUUCCAAACUUAGAGAUCUUCAGGUUUUCUCACCAGACUAAGCAUCAUGGCUGUGGCUAUCUCUAUAACUUUGGUGCAUUCUUGGAUACUGUGCAGAAUAUCUGCGGAAAGACACUCAAGGAAUUGUCGGUGAGGCUUAUCAUUUUGGAGUCAGGGGGAAGCAAAGGAGCCACACUAGUGGAUAUGACUCGUUUUCAGAAAUUGGCUGUGCUUGGAAUUAAUAUCGAGAUGCUGUGCGGUCCCCCAUAUGAUUCGUCGAUGAGGGAUUUGGACGCAGAAGAGAUUGAGUCGGUUGGUAGUCCAGCCUGGCCCAAACUGAUUAAUAUGUUGCCAGUGUCUAUUGAAAAGGUCAACUUAUAUCUCGACACAUUUGAGGAUGAUUAUCUGAAGUGCAUCUCUCAUUUAGUUGAGGAUCUUCCAGAGGCUCGGGUCACGAAGCUGCCUUGUUUGGAUAAGUUGAGCCUUUUUGUGCAUUCGACGAUUCCGGACAAGGCACUCGAAGUUUUAAAUGCUGCGAAGAGAAGUGGUUUUUCCAUUUUGAAGGAUAGAACAUCCAAACCUCUUCUAUAA